ACCCCAAGAAAAAGCCAUUGAUGCUGAUCAAAUUUUCAAUCGCAUACCUGCAAAGGCCAAAAGCAAGUGGUCCGUCGAUAACAAUGGGCUUGCCUAGCUUCAACCUCUGCGCGAUGACCACCCUUUUGCUCCUCCCCUUCCUAAUUAGCUUCCUUAGCCAAACCGGAACUGAAGCUGCUGCAACUUACCUCUACCAUGUCUGCCCAAACACAACCACUUUCACGGCCAACAGCACCUACCAAUCCAACCUCAAUAGCCUCCUUGCUUCCCUCACCUCCAACGCCACAAGCAGCACGGGGUUCUACAACACCACCGCGUCGCCCGGGAACUCCGUCGACACGGUCUACGGCCUCUUCCUCUGCCGGGGUGAUCUCUCGGCCGACGCCUGCCGAGACUGCGCUGCCGACGCAACCAAAGACGUGGUCGAUCGCUGCCCCAAUGAGAAAGUGGCCGUCGCUUGGUACGACGAGUGCAUGUUACGCUACUCAAAUCAGUAUAUCUUCUCCCGAAUGGUUACAGACCCUAGCAUUUUCAUGUGGAACACAAGGAAUAUAUCGGAGCAAAACCGGUUUGACCUGCUGGUGAGGACAACAAUGAACGACUUGGCAAGUGGGGUUUCAAAUGUUGGGUCUGGGGCCAAGAAGUUUGGGACAAAAGAAGCCAAUUUCACCGCGUUGCAAACGUUGUACGCCCUUGUCCAAUGCACGGCAGACCUGUCGGGUUCCGAUUGUAAUAGCUGCCUCCAGAUAGCGAUAGCAAAUCUGCCGGGUUGUUGUGGGGGAAAGGAAGGGGCCAGAGUUCUGUUUCCUAGUUGUACCGUUAGGUUUGAAGUUUACCCGUUUUACCAGUCAGUAGCAACUUUUCCUCCACCUCCGGGAUCGGUGGUAGCGCCUGUACCUCCACUUCCUGGAUCAGUAACAACACCCAAAGGAAAAGAUCAAAUCUCACCGCUGACAAUUAUUGCCAUCGUCGUUCCGAUUUCUGUCACUGUUGUUCUAUUCGUGAUGGGAUACUACUUCCUUAGUAGGAGAGCAAGAAAAAAAUACAAUGCUGUACGGGAAGAAAAUGCUGAUAAUGAUAUCACAACUGUAGAGUCCUUGCAAUUUAAUCUUGCUACAAUUGAAACUGCCACCAACAUGUUUUCAGAUGAUAAUAAGCUUGGUAAAGGCGGAUUUGGUGUGGUUUACAAGGGUACCCUUCUUGAUGGACAUGAAAUAGCUGUAAAGAGACUAUCAAAGAGUUCUAGACAAGGGACUGGAGAGUUUAAAAAUGAGGUAGAAUUGGUAGCCAAGCUUCAACACAGAAAUCUUGUAAGAUUAUUGGGAUUUUGCUUGGCAGGAGAAGAAAAGAUACUUGUCUAUGAAUUUAUGCCCAACAAAAGCCUUGACUACUUUCUAUAUGAUCCCGCAAGAAAAGGACAAUUGGAUUGGUCGAGACGUUACAAAAUUAUUAGAGGAAUCGCUCGAGGGAUUCUUUAUCUUCACGAAGAUUCUCAGCUUAGAAUCAUACAUCGUGAUCUUAAAGCAAGUAACAUUUUGUUAGAUAAAGAUAUGAAUCCAAAAAUUUCAGAUUUUGGGAUGGCAAAGAUUUUUGGAGUUGAUCAAACUCAAGGAAAUGCCAGUAGGAUUGUCGGCACAUUUGGUUAUAUGGCUCCAGAAUAUGCUAUGCAUGGACAAUUUUCUGUAAAAUCUGAUGUGUAUAGUUUUGGUGUUCUUGUUCUUGAGAUUAUAACGGGCAAAAAGAUCAGUUCUUUUUAUCAAUCAGACGAGGAUGGAGACCUUCUGAGCUAUGCUUGGAAACACUGGAGGGAUGGAACAUCCAUGGAAUGGUUGGAUCCAAAUUUGGAAGAUUCUUACUCAAGAAAUGAAGUCACCAGAUGUCUCCAUAUUGGCUUACUUUCUGUACAAGACAAUCCAGCCGACAGACCCACCAUGGCAUCCAUAGUUGUCAUGCUUAACAGCUACUCAGUUACAUUGGCAUCACCUCAACAACCAGCAUCUUUCCUUAGUACUCGAACAGAGCAAAGCAUGCCAUUGAAGGAGUGGGUCUCCUCACAUCAAUCUACAAGCAAAUCAACGCCAUGGUCUGUCAAUGAAGCAUCGAUUACUGAAGUAUACCCUCGAUAGAACCAUACUGAGUUGUAUAUAUAUAUGAUCGAGUAUUGUUUAAGAAUUCAGAGUUCAUACACGAUAAUAAGCUUGCAUAUCCAAUAUGUAUAAUUUUCAGGAGAAUUUAUUCUUCAAAGAGUUCUUGAAAUGAGACCAUGAUGCUAAUGGGUUUGCAUCGAAUUAUGUUUCACAAUUAUGGUAUCUUUUCAUGCUUAAUUGUUUUUCACUUAUCGGUAGAUGUUUAACAAUGUCUUC